AUGUAUGGAAGUGCUCGGUCAGUUGGUAAGGUUGAGCCCAGCAACCAGAGUCCAGGGCGUUCACCAAGGCUGCCACGGUCACCACGCUUGGGCCAUCGUCGAACCAACAGCACAGGAGGCAGUUCUGGGAGUAGUACUGCGGGUGGCAGUGGGAAAACCCUUUCUAUGGAAAAUAUUCAGUCCUUAAAUGCUGCCUAUGCUACAUCCGGCCCUAUGUAUCUAAGUGACCAUGAGAACGUGGGUGCAGACACCCCAAAAAGCACCAUGACUUUGGGCCGAUCUGGGGGGCGGCUGCCUUACGGUGUUAGGAUGACUGCAAUGGGUAGCAGCCCUAACAUUGCCAGUAGUGGAGUUGCCAGUGAUACCAUUGCAUUUGGGGAGCACCAUCUCCCUCCGGUGAGUAUGGCAUCUACUGUGCCUCACUCACUGCGGCAGGCCAGGGAUAACACAAUAAUGGAUCUGCAGACACAACUCAAAGAAGUGUUAAGAGAAAAUGAUCUGCUUCGCAAGGAUGUGGAGGUGAAAGAAAGCAAGCUGAGUUCUUCUAUGAACAGUAUCAAGACCUUCUGGAGUCCUGAGCUAAAAAAGGAGAGAGCUCUGAGGAAAGAUGAAGCUUCAAAAAUCACCAUUUGGAAGGAACAAUAUAGAGUUUUGCAAGAAGAAAACCAGCAUAUGCAGAUGACUAUCCAGGCUCUCCAAGAUGAGCUUCGCAUCCAGCGAGACCUGAACCAGUUGUUCCAGCAGGACAGCAGCACUAGAACCAGUGAGCCCUUUGUGGCAGAGCUGACAGAGGAAAACUUCCAGCGACUCCAUGCAGAGCACGAACGCCAGGCCAAGGAACUUUUCCUGCUACGUAAAACCUUAGAAGAGAUGGAACUGCGUAUUGAGACGCAAAAACAGACCUUAAAUGCGCGUGAUGAGUCCAUCAAAAAGCUGCUGGAGAUGCUGCAGAGUAAAGGCCUGUCAGCAAAAGCCACUGAGGAAGACCACGAGCGAACAAGACGGUUGGCUGAGGCAGAGAUGCACGUGCACCACUUGGAGAGCCUUCUUGAACAGAAGGAAAAAGAAAACAACAUGCUGAGAGAGGAGAUCCAUCGUCGAUUUGAAAAUGCUCCCGACACAGCCAAGACAAAGGCUCUGCAAACUGUUAUUGAGAUGAAGGAUUCAAAAAUUUCUUCCAUGGAGCGUGGCCUCCGGGAUUUGGAAGAAGAGAUUCAGAUGUUGAAGUCAAAUGGAGCUCUGAGCACAGAGGAGCGUGAAGAGGAAAUGAAGCAAAUGGAGGUGUACCGUAGUCAUUCCAAAUUCAUGAAAAAUAAGGUAGAGCAACUGAAGGAAGAGCUAAGUGCCAAAGAGGUUCAAGGGGAGGACCUGAAAAAAAGAGUGGCUGGUCUCCAGGCCGAGGUCUCUGCAAUUGGUCAGGUGAAACAGGAGCUGUCACGCAAAGACACUGAAUUGCUGGCCUUGCAGACAAAGCUAGAGACCCUCACAAAUCAGUUCUCUGACAGCAAGCAGCAUAUUGAAGUUCUGAAAGAGUCUCUUACAGCUAAAGAGCAAAGAGCUGCCAUCCUGCAGACAGAGGUGGAUGCGUUACGAUUACGUCUGGAAGAGAAGGAGACGAUGCUAAAUAAGAAGACAAAGCAAAUUCAGGAGAUGGCAGAGGAGAAGGGAACUCAAGCAGGAGAGAUCCAUGACCUCAAGGACAUGUUAGACGUGAAGGAGCGCAAAGUUAAUGUUCUUCAGAAGAAGAUUGAAAAUCUUCAAGAACAAUUGAGAGACAAGGAGAAGCAAAUGAGCAGCUUAAAGGAUCGAGUGAAAUCCUUGCAGGCCGACACCACAAACACGGACACUGCCUUGACCACGCUGGAAGAAGCACUGGCAGAAAAAGAAAGGACCAUUGAGCGCCUAAAGGAGACACGUGACAGAGAUGAACGAGAAAAACAGGAAGAGAUUGACAACUACAAAAAAGACAUUAAAGACCUGAAAGAGAAAGUCAGCAUUUUACAAGGAGAUCUCACAGAGAAAGAGACAUCCUUACUGGAUCUGAAGGAACAUGCUUCAUCCUUAGCUUCAUCAGGACUGAAGAAAGAUUCAAGACUCAAGACGUUGGAAAUUGCAUUGGAACAGAAAAAAGAAGAAUGUUUGAAGAUGGAAACUCAACUGAAGAAGGCUCAUGAGGCAACACUGGAGGCUAGAGCUAGCCCAGAGCUGAGUGAUCGUAUGCAGCAGCUAGAAAGGGAGGUAACACGAUACCGGGAAGAAUCUAGCAAGGCUCAAGCUGAAGUGGAUCGUCUUCUGGAAAUCUUGAAAGAGAUGGAAAAUGAGAAGAACGAUAAGGAUAAGAAGAUAGCGGAACUGGAGAGCCUCACCUCAAGGCAAGUUAAAGAUCAAAAUAAGAAAGUAGCAAAUCUGAAGCAUAAAGAGCAAGUGGAGAAAAAGAAGAGUGCACAGAUGCUGGAGGAGGCCAGGAGACGAGAGGAUAAUCUUAAUGACAGCUCCCAACAGCUUCAGGACAAUCUACGUAAAAAGGAUGAUCGGAUUGAAGAAUUGGAAGAGGCACUCAGAGAAAGUGUUCAGAUAACUGCAGAGCGGGAAAUGGUGCUAGCACAAGAGGAGUCAGCCAGGAUCAAUGCUGAGAAACAGGUCUGCAAUCUUAUAAAGUCACUG